CUGCCGCAAAAGAUCUGUUGUUCGAUUUAUUGGAAAAAGCAAAAAAAGAGAGGCAAUGAAAAUCGUGUUCUUCUUCAUAGCAUUAGCUUCAGCUAACGCUGACUACUACGACACUCUUUCUGGUGAAAGAAUAUCCGAAUCCACAUAUAAAGCACGCCGAAAUAUUUCUGAUAUGUGUGUAACAACAGCAGCACCCUGCAAGGAAGACGAAUUCAGGCGCAUAGAUGGCACUUGCAAUAACUUCUUAUAUCCCAGCUACGGAGCUAUUUAUACACCUUGGAGAAGACUACUGUCUCCUUACCCUCACAAAGCUACUGAACCAAGAGAAACAAGUGACGGCAGACCAUUGCCCCUCAGUCGUGUUGCAGCUACCACACUAUUAUCAAAAGGCCGCGUACCCAGCACAGAAAUUACGAAUCUUGUUCCAAAUUAUUGGCUGUUGACUCUCGUUGAUAUGGUUUUUCCUCUAGACACCGGCAACUAUGUGCGAUAUAAACCAUACUGCUGCAAAUCAGAAGGCAAAUAUGAUGACCUAUGUGCUCCGAACAUCAUUCCUCCCGAUGAUCCAGUACAUCGCUUCUCAAACAUUCGAUGUCAGAAUAUGAUCAAACCUGAAUCUUUCCAAACUCACGGGUGUAUUGCAAAGAAUACCUCAAUUAUUAGAGGCACGCAAGGGACACCGGCAUUAGACUUAUCUUUUGUGUACGGAAGCACAACCAAAGAUUUGAACGAAAAAGGCAGGGCGUUUACUGGCGGUCUUUUGAAGUCCCAAUUAAUCAAUGGAUAUGAAUGGCCACUAUCUAUGGAGGACGACAAUCCGUGGAAAUUUAUAUGCAUGAACAACGUUGGAAAUGAAAUUCGAACAUGCUUGAAUACACGUAAGCAAACUGAAAUAAUUUUGUUGGCUGCUGAACUUGGAGUAAACGCCCUCUUGGGCUCGUUAACUAUGUCUGUCUUAUACUGGAGGCAACACAAUAGACUGGCCCGGGAAUUGGCUUCUUACAACCCUUGUUGGGAUGAUGAGAUGCUAUUUCACAAGGCAAGGGAUAUCAACAUCGCGUUGCAUUUACAAAUAUUUUAUUACGAAUUGAUGCCAUCUAUUAUAGGUCGAGAAAACCUGAUUAGAGACGGGGUCAUUCAAGAAUAUUCCGGAUUUAGGGAUGUCUACGACGAAACUCUUUAUCCUCAAACGUCUCUUGAGUCUAUAUACGCGUUAAGAUGGGUGCACCUUAUACAAGAAGGUAGCUUAAAAUUAUACGAUCGAAAUGGAUAUUAUUCGAAACGUUUUCCAAUUGUUAACGCUACUUUGAGACCCGGUUGGUUUGCCACUGGUGACAAUUUUGCCCAAGUCCUCCAGGGUUCGUUCAGACAACCAAGUGCUGCUAUUGAUUAUGUUGUCGAUCCUGAUAUUUCGGACGUUGGUCUCGGACCUUUGCAAAAAAUGCAUGAUAUAAUUUUAAAUGAUCACGCAAAGGGUGCACAUUUCGAGUUCCAGCCCUACAUUAAAUAUAGAGAAUAUUGUUCCGGAAAACAAAUCACCUGUUUUGAUGAUCUACGUGAUGUAAUAGACGAAGAGAGAAUCGAGCUUCUCAAGGAUUUAUACGAAAAUGUAGGUGAUAUAGAACUCAUGUCCGGGUUAUGGGUGGAAAGACCAAAGGAAGGGUCGAAAGUUCCUGAUACCUUGUACUGCAUGAUAGUCGAACAAUUGUUACAUAAUUUGCGAUCUGAUAGACAUUGGUAUGAGAGAGACUCAAGGCCAAAUGCUUUCACGUACGAUCAACUACAAGAGAUAAGGAAAGCGUCUAUUGGUAGACUUUUAUGCAAAACUGGUGAUUUUGUUACUCAAAUUCAACCCAAUCCUUUUCUGAAAGCAGGGCCAGGAAACGCAAUUGACGAUUGUGAUAUAACUACGCAGAACAUCCGUAUGAGUGUUUUCAAGGAUCCUUCUUGCAAUCUCAAGUAAUAAAACUUCAUAAGACUACAGUAAUCUGUUCUUUUGUUGCAAUUCUACGUCCCUGCACUUGGUAUUAUAAA